CGAUGCACUGCCAAGGUUCCGCUGUUUUUGAUCAAGGUUGAUCGUAUGCUGCUAGAGACACAUAAAUCGGCUCGGCUUAGCUGCAGUUCAUACGCGAGCCAAGUAGCACUAACCUGCAUCGCGUACUGGUAUUUCUUCCUGAGUUCAACUUGAUCCACUGGGUCAAAGCCUGCAGUUGUGACAAUCAGUGGAUUCCCAAUCUCCCAAGGGUGGGGACUGCAUUGCGAGCACAAAAACCAUUAAGUCUGAAGAGAACGACGAUGACGAUCCGUGUUUCGCGAAUGACAUGUUGAAGCGUGUCAAUGCGUCGGCUAGAUUCAGUUUCGUGACGUAAGCGUGUGGCUUACGGUACCCAUAACCUACUGCUCUCUGAAGAUUGUGCGCCUGUCAUUUUUGCCACUGCGCAAUUGUCCAACAUCUGAUGAAGUCGUCUUUAUUCGCCAUCUCCACGCUUCAGUUCGUCGCUCGGCGCUGUAAAUACUACGCGUUCAUCAAUGCUUUCAUCUGCAGCGUCGCUCUGAGCAGCUACAUGGCAGUGUCGUCUAUCGAUCGAGAGGUAGAAUCUCCGAUAACGUUAGUGCAGUUGGCAGUGGUCUACGGCGUAAGUUUAUUGCGGAUCCUGGCGAUGAUCAAGUGGUUCGAGUGGAUCGCAACCAAGAAGGUGCAGAUUAAUGGUGGCAAGCGAGUGAAGCUCACACACAAGCAGAUUAGGGCCAUCUACUUCCGUAUCCUGUGGCUCGUGGUGUCUACAGAAUGUGUGUCCUUCUGGUUCGCGGGGCAGACUGUUGUACCAAUACAGGACAACGUAACUUGGCAGUAUUUUGUGCUGGAAUAUGUGUCCUUCAUCCCCAAGUCCCUGGUGUUUGAGGUCAUCUUCGACUUCUUCCAUUUCGCGAUGCAUUGGCUUUGCCACUACAGCUCGUGGCUCUACAAGAACGUGCACAAGCAACACCACCUGCACUUGCACCCAUGCCCUCUGUCGACGUAUGAGCAAGACGGUAUCGACUUAUGCCUCACGAAUGUUCUGCCGUUCUGCCUGGCGUGGACGCUUGGCUUCUCUUUCUCGGUUUUCCAGCUGCAUCUGCUGUUUGCCUACAAAACGUACGUGGAAAUCGCCGGCCAUUCCGGUUUGGACAUCAAAGGGUUUUCGUUCCCUCAGAUGCCGAUAGUGAACAAUAUCACAAGUAUAUGUCUCCGGGUGCAUGACCACGACCUCCAUCACACUCAUCCACGUUGGAAUUUUGCCAAACGGUUUUCGCUUUGGGACAAACUUUUUUGUACGUUCCGCCCUGGCAAGCCGCUAUCGUGAGCUAACCUGGUAAGCUAAAAUGGUAUGAGUGCUACGUUUCAACGAGAAUAUAAUUGUGAAGCCAUUUUCUAAUCUGUAAGAAUAGCUAUUCGUAAAAUUCUAGCUAGCACUUUACCCUUUUAAGUAGACAUAAGACGGAAUGCCAGCAUUCUGUAAGCACCACCUCUCUACAGUUUGGAAGGCGGCGCAAGUUGAGCUCCAAGGUGAA